AUGUCCUCCUCUAUCCCAGAAACCCAGAUGGGUGUCAUCUUCGAGUCCAAUGGCGGUCCAUUGGAAUACAAGGAAAUCCCUGUUCCAAAGCCAAAGGCCAACGAGUUGUUGAUCAACGUCAAGUACUCCGGUGUCUGCCACACCGACUUGCACGCCUGGCACGGGGACUGGCCUUUGCCAGUCAAGCUACCCCUAGUCGGUGGUCACGAAGGUGCCGGUAUCGUCGUCGCCAUGGGUGACAGCGUCAAGAACUGGAACAUCGGUGACUACGCCGGUAUCAAGUGGUUGAACGGGUCCUGCAUGAACUGUGAGUCCUGUGAAUUGGCCAACGAGUCCAACUGUCCUCAGGCCGACUUGUCUGGUUACACCCACGACGGUUCCUUCCAGCAGUACGCCACCGCUGACGCCGUCCAGGCCGCUAAGAUCCCUCACGGUACCGACUUGGCCGAGGUCGCCCCUAUCCUGUGUGCCGGUGUCACCGUCUACAAGGCUUUGAAGUCCGCCAACUUGAAGGCCGGUGACUGGGUCGCCAUCUCCGGUGCCUGUGGUGGUCUAGGUUCCCUAGCCAUCCAAUACGCCACCGCCAUGGGCUACAGAGUCCUAGGUAUCGACGGUGGUGAAGAGAAGGCCGAGCUUUUCAAGAAGCUAGGCGGUGAAUACUUCAUCGACUUCACCAAGUGCAAGGACGUCAUCGCCGAGAUCUUGGAAGUCACCGAUGGUGGUGCCCACGGUGUCAUCAACGUCUCCGUCUCCGAGGCCGCCAUCGAGGCCUCCACCAGAUACUGCAGAGCCAACGGUACCGUCGUCCUAGUCGGUCUACCAGCCAACGCCUACUGUAAGUCCGAGGUCUUCUCCCAAGUCGUCAAGUCCAUCUCCAUCGUCGGGUCCUACGUCGGUAACAGAGCUGACACCAGACAGGCUCUGGACUUCUUCGCCAGAGGUUUGGUCAAGUCCCCAAUUCACAUCGCUCCAUUGUCCGACUUGCCAGAGAUCUUCGACAAGAUGGCCAAGGGCCAAAUCGUCGGGAGAUACGUCGUCGACACCUCCAAAUAA